ACACUCCCUGAUCACGCACGGCCUUCCUGCGCCAACCCACGCGUGGGAGCGCCAAUGAAAUGACUCACUGACCAUCUACAACAAAUCAGCAAGAAGCAGGGCUCACAGCUGACCAAUGGCCGCCCGCCGGGGGUGGGCUGUCCCGGCCCUUGUCCAGCCCCAACUGGGUUUGUUAAAGCGACAGGCCUCUCGGCGAGCCGGUACUCCAUCGGGUACCGCAGGCUGCCGCGGCGGCCUCAGCCUGCCGCGAGCGCCUGUGACAGCGGCGCCGCUGUGCUCGCGACCCCGGCUGCGGGCCUCUGCCGACCUCAGGGGCAGGGACGAGUCGCCCGGCGGGAUGGGCGGCGAGGCUGGGUGCGCGGCGGCCGUGGGUGCCGAGGGCCGCGUGAAGAGCCUGGGUCUGGUGUUCGAGGACGAGCGCAAGGGCUGCUACUCCAGCGGCGAGACGGUGGCCGGGCACGUGCUGCUGGAGGCGUCCGAGCCGGUGGCCCUGCGCGCGCUGCGCCUGGAGGCCCAGGGGCGCGCCACCGCCGCCUGGGGCCCGAGCACCAGCCCCCGCGCCUCGGCCAGCGCCGCGGCCCUGGCUGUCUUCUCGGAGGUGGAGUACCUGAACGUGCGCCUCAGCCUGCGGGAGCCCCCGGCCGGUGAAGGCAUCAUUUUAUUACAGCCUGGAAAACAUGAAUUUCCAUUUCGCUUUCAACUUCCAUCUGAGCCUUUGGUCACCUCGUUUACUGGGAAAUAUGGAAGCAUUCAGUACUGUGUGCGGGCAGUGUUGCAACGACCCAAGGUACCUGAUCAGAGUGUAAAGCGGGAACUCCAGGUUGUUAGUCAUGUCGAUGUCAACACACCAGCAUUAUUAACCCCUGUAUUGAAAACUCAAGAGAAAAUGGUUGGCUGUUGGUUUUUCACUUCUGGUCCUGUCUCGCUGAGUGCGAAAAUUGAAAGAAAGGGCUACUGUAACGGAGAAGCUAUUCCAAUCUAUGCAGAAAUAGAGAAUUGUUCCUCUCGUCUGAUUGUUCCAAAGGCUGCUAUUUUCCAAACGCAGACAUAUUUGGCUAGUGGAAAAACAAAGACCAUUCGACACAUGGUCGCCAAUGUGCGAGGAAACCACAUCGCUUCUGGGAGCACGGACACGUGGAAUGGGAAAAUGCUAAAAAUUCCACCUGUUACUCCGUCCAUCCUGGAUUGCUGCAUUAUCAGAGUGGACUAUUCCUUAGCUGUAUACAUUCACAUUCCUGGUGCUAAAAAAUUGAUGCUCGAACUGCCAUUAGUGAUUGGUACAAUUCCAUAUAAUGGUUUUGGCAGCAGAAACUCCAGCAUUGCCAGCCAGUUCAGUAUGGAUAUGAGCUGGUUGACACUGACCCUGCCAGAACAGCCUGAAGCACCACCAAAUUAUGCAGAUGUGGUAUCAGAGGAAGAAUUCUCUAGACACAUUCCUCCUUACCCUCAACCCCCUAACUGUGAGGGAGAAGUGUGCUGUCCUAUGUUUGCCUGUAUACAAGAAUUCCGGUUUCAACCCCCACCUCUUUAUUCAGAGGUUGAUCCACAUCCUAGCGAUGUAGAAGAGACCCAGCCUGUUUCCUUCAUUCUCUGAACAUAUUUCAGAAAUCACUGUGUUCAUCAGCAAAUUAGAAUGUUGGUUCUUUUCCUUCUGCCUUUUUGGGAAAGAGACAGGAAAGUUUCACUUGAAAACAUAAAUGAACAUCAAGACUGAAGGCAAUAGAAAUUAAAGAAUGUGAGAAAUUUCUGGUGGGCCGACAGGAUUGCUGCACAAGUUUACAUGAUGGUCAUGUAUAUAUCCCUGUUAAAAACUGGGAUGAAGAUGUGCAAAGUCACAGAAUGUAAUGGAAGUCCUGAUGGUUAUAGAGUAAGUGAAAGGGUGCCUGCGCUGACCUGAGAGAAAGGAAUCUGUAAACAGUGGAAACACUGUGGGAGUUUCCCAUGGUGUUUUAAAGAGUGGAACGAAGGCGAUAUGAACUGAAGGGGUGAAGACUUGAUUUUGGAGAGGGUAACAAAGCAAGGGUGUGAAUGAAUAGGAAAAUGGCCCGCUCCAAAUACGAAGUGAGACCCUGAGGUUGUGGGUGCUUCAUGAUUUCCUACCAUAUUCAGGCCUAAAGACAUCGAAAGUAUCUUUCCUUGAGGAUCAUGGCCAUAUGAGGUCCUAUUGAAGUACUACAGUUUUCAUUGUUUCAAGGGUAGACGAAAAUGUAGUUUAUAAAUUGGCAGUACAGUAUUAUGAAAACAAAAAAGGGUUUCUCGAAAAGCUUGUCGGUUCAAAGGGGAAAGAUGAAUUUCAGUGUGAAAACAUGUUUUGUUGAAGGCUGUACUUUUUAUCCCCUUUAAGUGCUUUAACAGGAUAGAUGUUUGAUUUUCCUCGUAUCUUAUUUACCUAGGAGCACGUCAGAGAAAGAAGGGAGAAAGGUUGCAUCUGCAGGAUGCCUUGAUAACUACACAGUCCAAAAUAAAAGGCCUUUUUCUAACCUACCUCUAAUGGGGUUAUCAGAUAUGUUCUUAAAUCUCUCACCCUGAGUACUCUUCUUUGGAGUUGCUGCUGUUUACAGCAACAAUCUCAUCUAUCACGAAAUAUGAAACUGGGCUAAGGGGAAAAUUCAGUAAGUUAGCAUUAAGUGGAAGCAAAUCUAUGUAUACCUAAGAGAAUGUCAAAAUAAACACCAAACCAAAAGAAGGUAGGAGUGCCAUUUUUAAAAAAGACACAACUUUAAUUCCUGUCAAGAGACCUAGGUCUACUGAUGGCAGUCACUGCGUUGUAUAUUAUUCCAGUUCUUCAGUAAUUCUGUUUAAACUGUGAUUUUUCUUUAUUGUGUUGGUGCAAUAUUUUAUUAUCAUUUAACCUCAGGAUAUUAAGACCAACAGGAUUGUGUUGCUGCUAAAAGUCUGAGCAGUGUUUUACUGUCCCUAGCUCCCCUCCUACAUGGUCACAUGUUCACUUGCUUUUCCUUCCAUCUGUUGGUUUUGUGAGCUGAGAGCAUCUCUGGACACGUGGAAGGGAGCCAGGGAUUCCUGUGAUAGAGAUUUUGAACCAGCAGAGUACUUUGGUUUUCUUCAUGUCCUAAGGGUUUGAUCUAGAAACCCUGGUGCUUCCCCUGCAGAAUACUGUACUUCAUUUAAAAGAAUGAUUGAUUUUUCUUUCAAUCAGCAUGUUUACCAAAAAUAGAAAAGUUCUUCUAAGGUUAAAUUUUGUAUUUAAAAAUUAGUUGGCCAUUUGAUCAGGGAAUUUUCUACACACAUUAGGCAAAUGUAUGCUUUUCACCCUCUGGGCUUACCUCUCUUCUCUGCAAUCAUGGAAGCAUCGUGCAUAGUUCUUUCAUUGUAAGCCGCUAUUUAAAUUCCCACAAUGCAAAACUGUUAGACCAGUAAUUGUGCUACUGAAAUUGUCACAAAACGUUAUUCCUUGAUUUGGUUUUUAAAUUUUGCUUUUGUGUGUGUGUGUCUUUAAACAGCUAAUGCGUAUUUAAGUGUUGUCUAAACAGUUGAUUUUUUACUUUAGAAAAGAUCAUCUUCAACUGUUUAUUGACUUCUAAGUGGUAGGUAGUUCAUGCCUUGUCAAGGCUUUGUUCGACUCCAUGAUACUAAAACAUAAUGAAAGAAACAAACUCCAGUAUGGAGAGAGGGAAAGUUUAAUUAUUUGGUUCCAUCUAGAAAAGCAACUACUUUAAGGAAUCCUUCACUAGGAUUGUUUUAUCAUCUUUAUUAGAUAAAUCAUGAAGUGUCCCUGUGAAAUUGAAGUGAAACUAUCUCUGUAGGACUUAAGAGAAUAGCUAAAAGGUGUGACUUGCCUUAUUGAACUGAUACUGGCAUAUCUGACCAUAAGCAGUAGGUUGAAGAUACCAUUUUAUGAAUGUGGAGAGUUCUACAUUGAAACAGAAAAUACCUGGGAAUGAAGAUUAAAAAUUUAGCUGCUGUUAUUUGCUUGGUUAUUCCCCCCUUGCUCUUCUUUAGUUUGAAAAAACAAAAACGUGGCCUUGGACUUUUCAUUUUGAUGCAGAAAUUUUGAAAUUGACAAUGUGCAUGUUUUGGUGCACAAAAUCCUUCUGUGGGCAAAACUCUUUAUGUUUUUGUUUUGCACAGUAAGAAACAAUAGGCAAGGGUUAUGUUUUUGGUAAGUUAACUAUGAAAGCUUUCUUAUUUUCAUUAUUAAAAAUGUAACAAUUUAACCCACAGGAAAAACUUUGUACACUUGUUUGAACCCUAUGGGUUCGUUUUAUUAAUAAAAUUAUUACCUUAAUGUUA